AUGGGACGUGCGUUUCUUACCCCGCUCUCCAAAAUCCCCGGACCAUUCCUCAACUCUGUAUCCAACCUGCCUCUUUAUUACUACACGGUCCGCGGUAAUUACCACACUUACACUAUAUCGCUGCACGCAAAAUACGGCAGCAUAGUGCGCAUUGGAUACAAUCAAAUCUCUCUAGCCAAUGGUUCCGAGCUCCGACGCGUCUUGGCCACACACACUUUUCCCAAAGGAAAGGUGUACGAAACCAACGUACUUCCCGAGCAAACGACGUUCACAACCACCAAUCCUGAGCUCAACAAGACCAAAAGGCGCCAGAUGGGCAGCACGUAUUCGAUAGAUAAUAUGCGCGCUAUGGAGGACACCAUAUUGGAACACGGCGUGCUCACACUGAUUAGAUGCUGGGACGCAGAGAUUGAAAAGGGCGCAGCGGUCAAUUAUUUCUACGGAUUCAGCGGGCUGGCAUUUGACAUCAUUGGUGUACUUAUAUACGGAAAAAGCUUUGACGUGCUCAGGCUGAAUGACAUGACAAUCAUCGCCAAUAUCCACAAGCUGAUGGUUUUAUCGUCCAUUGUUACCAUCCUUCCAGUGCUUGGGCGCUUCACUUGGCUGUUCAAGGAUUUGUCGACUGCGCGGUACCAGCUUCUCAACAUGGCGCACGCGGCCAUUAUGCAGCGCAAAAACGAUAUGCGCGAGAAGGCAGUGUUUUCACCUCAUGCUGACAUUUUGCAAAAACUUGUUGACGCCAGAGACCCAAGAGACGGUCAGGCACUGAGCUACAACACAAUAAUUGCCGAGAUUAACAUGCUGUUAGCGGCAGCCACGGACACAACAAGCAAUACUCUUUCUUGGUCACUUAUGUACAUUUUGCACCACCCCACAGUGUAUCAGCGCCUUUGCCAGAACAUCCGAUUUACUUUUCCAGACACGACAAGACCAAUCCGAUACGAUGAGGCUAAAACAUAUUUACCCUAUCUCACGGCUGUUAUUCUUGAAUCCAUGCGUUUGAACCCCGCCGCAUCUGGUCUUUUCCCGCGCAGCGUGCCUACUGAGGGUGCUAUGCUCUGCGGCCAGUAUCAGAUUCCGUCAACAACAGAAAUAUGCCUUUCCUUUGCUGCCAGCCACCGAGACCCUACGGUAUGGCCCAAUCCCAAUGUUUUUGAUCCCGAGCGAUUCAUGGGCGCCAAAGGGAGAGCAAGAUCAAGGGACCUACUAGCCUUCAGCACUGGAGUGCGCGUGUGUAUUGGCCGGCAUUUGGCAUGGAUUGAGCUAUACACGGUUUUGGCCAACUUGCUGCGCAAGUACAACUUUGAAUUGCCCAUUGAUUCUCCUUAUGGCCCCCACAGAAUAAAAGAUGGCAUACCUGAGGAUAUUCCCGGACUUGUUUUUACCACUUGCGGCCCAAAGGAUCCACUGAUAAACUGUCGCAUGCAUGUGUCACACGCCAUAUUUUAA